AUGGCGAUGAACCAGAGCCACACCGAAGACCGCCGAGGGGCCAUCAUCCCUGUUGGCGAGAGUAUUUUGAGUCAGUGUCAAGAUGUGAACCUCUCCUUCCUACAGCAACCAAAGGAAUCCAAUUUCUUUAGUGGUACAAAGAGGGGAACAUUGUUUCUCACUUCACACCGGGUGAUCUUUGUGACUUCACGCUCAGUCAGUGAUCCCAUGUUUUCUUUCAUGAUGCCAUUUGAUCUGAUGAGUAACUGCACCGUUGAACAACCAGUCUUUGCCCCCAACUACAUUAAAGGAAACAUUCAGGCAGCUCCAGAUGGUGGCUGGGAAGGAGAGGCUACUUUUAAAUUAGCCUUCAGACACGGAGGUGCCAUCCAAUUUUUCUAUUUGAUGAAGAAAGCUGCCUUUGCUGCUGCCCAAGGAGUUCCACUUCAAAGUAUAAGUUACUGGAUUGGUGCUCCAGGACUGUUUGUCAUUAGUGGGCAGGGGAACACGAUGUGCAACCGACAGAUGCCUUAUCCAGUUAUUGUCCAUGGGCCCCCACCUGUAAGAUGUGGAGCCCCGCCAGCGGGGUAUGGCGCCCCACCAGCGGGGUAUGGCGCUCCGCCACCGGGAUAUGGAGCCCCGCCACCGGGAUAUGGAGCCCCGCCACCGGGAUAUGGAGCCCCACCACCGGGAUAUGGAGCCCCUCCAGAGGGAUCUGAAGCCCUGCCUGUGGAAUACAGAUCACCACCAGCUAGAAAUGAAGCCCCACCUCUGGGAUAUGCAGUUCCACCUGCUAGUAAUACAGCUGGCUCUCACAAUUCUGUGGCUGCCCAGCCUGCUGGAUAUGAAGCUUCUCUUCCUUCCACCUCAUUUUCUCAGUCCCGUUCACCACCUUCUAUGAAGUGA